AGAGGCAGUGUGAUGCAGUUGCUUGGCUACAGUAAUAAAGGGCGAUUAGCAUGAUGGAGUGCAGAGAGAGUGCAAUGUAUGUGUGAGUGUGUGUCUGUGUGUGUGAAUGAGGAGGGCUUUCUCUUCCUCUCUGUGCUCAGUUAAUCCUUCUGUCAGUUGAUGUUAAGGCUGCAUUUUAAGUACUGGAUGGGGAAAGGAAAGGCAUCCAAAUAGCAGAAGACACCAAACACAGGCUGGAGAGGAAACAUAAAGAAGAAGAGCAUUCAGGAGGGGGAUACAUAUAAAAUAUCCUAAGAAUUCUGCAACAAGCACUCACCUCCUCCCCUCUGCCCCCCUUCCCACCCCUUGUACCCUGAAGAAGAGCCAUCAAGGCAGGGGUGCAUUGCAAGAAGACUACAAGAGAGAGAGAGGAGGUGGUGGUGGGGGGAGAAGUCCCCAAGAUCUUUGUUGGGAAGUAGGGCUGCUUUUUUUUCUUCGCCAAUGCAAAAGGAAAUAUGCAGUACAUCUUUGCCUUUAUCUGCACCAGCUUUUUAGGGGCAGUGCUUGGGGUAAAUUUUCCCAACCAUAUCCAAAUCGGGGGUCUCUUCCCAAAUCAGCAAUCCCAGGAACAUGCCGCCUUCCGCUUCGCUUUGUCCCAGUUGGUGGAACCUCCUAAACUGCUCCCUCAAAUCGAUAUUGUGAACAUCAGUGACAGUUUUGAAAUGACCUACACCUUUUGUUCACAGUUUUCCAAAGGGGUUUACUCCAUUUUUGGUUUCUAUGACCGGAAGACAGUCAACAUGCUGACCUCUUUCUGUGGUGCUCUCCACGUUUGCUUCGUCACCCCCAGCUUCCCUGUAGCCACUUCCAAUCAGUUCGUCCUGCAGCUAAGGCCGGAACUCCAAGAUGCUCUCAUUAGUGUAAUCGAGUAUUAUAAAUGGAAAAAGUUUGUUUACAUUUAUGAUGCAGACCGAGGAUUAUCUGUUCUUCAGAAAGUACUGGACACAGCAGCAGAGAAAAAUUGGCAAGUGACAGCUGUGAAUAUUCUUACCACCACAGAGGAGGGUUAUCGCCUACUCUUUCAGGACCUAGAUAAGAGCAAGGAUCGCCAGGUGGUGAUAGACUGCGAGUCGGAACGACUGAACGCCAUACUCACCCAGAUAGUCAAGAUGGAAAAAAAUAUUGUUGGAUAUCAUUAUAUUCUUGCAAACCUGGGUUUCAUGGACAUUGAACUCGAUAAGUUCAGAGAAGCAGGAGCCAACGUGACAGGGUUUCAGCUGGUGAACUACUCGGACCCCAUGGUGGCCCAAGUCAUGCAGCAAUGGAAAAACUAUGAUGGUCGGGAACAGCCGCGGGUGGAUUGGAAGAAACCAAAGUACACCUCUGCUCUGACCUAUGAUGGAGUGCGUGUAAUGGCCGAGGCUUUCCAGAACCUAAGGAGACAGCGGAUAGACAUCUCACGCCGUGGGAAUGCUGGCGAUUGUUUAGCCAACCCGGCUGUUCCUUGGGGACAAGGCAUUGACAUUCAGAGAGCUCUGCAGCAGGUCCGAUUGGAAGGACUUUCAGGAAAUGUUCAAUUCAACGAGAAGGGUCGGCGGACGAACUACACGCUCCAUAUAUUGGAGUUAAAACAUGAUGGCAUCCAUCAGAUUGCAAACUGGAAUGAAGAUGAUAAACUUAUCCCAUUAGCAACAGACUCCCAAAGUGGAAAUGACACCAUAGGGGUCCUAAACAAGACGUACAUUGUUACCACUAUACUGGAAGCUCCAUACGUUAUGUACAAAAAGAAUGCAGACGAACUUGUUGGCAACGAUAGGUUUGAGGGAUACUGCGUAGAGUUGGCGGCAGAGAUAGCCAAACACGUGGGAUACAAAUACAAGCUGGAGUUAGUGAAGGACGGAAAGUAUGGCGCUCGAGAUUCGGAUACAAAAGGCUGGAACGGCAUGGUUGGAGAGCUGGUAUAUGGGAGAGCCGAUUUGGCUGUCGCACCACUGACAAUCACACUGGUCCGGGAAGAGGUUAUUGACUUCUCCAAACCAUUCAUGAGUCUGGGUAUCUCCAUCAUGAUCAAGAAGCCUAUGAAAUCCAAGCCUGGAGUGUUUUCUUUUCUUGACCCUCUAGCCUAUGAAAUUUGGAUGUGCAUCGUAUUUGCCUACAUUGGAGUGAGCGUGGUACUUUUUCUGGUGAGCCGUUUUAGUCCUUAUGAAUGGCACAAUGAGGAAUAUGAGGAAGGAAGAGACCAAGGCAGCACUGACCACACUAAUGAAUUUGGCAUUUUUAAUAGUCUAUGGUUUUCAUUGGGAGCAUUCAUGCAGCAAGGAUGUGAUAUUUCACCAAGGUCUCUCUCAGGACGUAUCGUUGGUGGUGUCUGGUGGUUUUUUACCCUGAUCAUCAUCUCAUCUUACACGGCUAACUUAGCUGCCUUCCUGACUGUCGAGAGGAUGGUGUCUCCGAUAGAGAGCGCUGAUGAUCUGGCCAAACAAACAGAGAUUGCAUAUGGGACUCUAGAUUCCGGAUCCACCAAAGAGUUUUUUAAGAGAUCUAAAAUAGCUGUCUUUGAAAAGAUGUGGACUUACAUGCGCUCAGCUGAGCCCUCGGUUUUUGUAAAGACAACUGAGGAUGGAAUGAACAGAGUGAGAAAGUCCAAAGGCAAAUACGCAUACCUCUUGGAGUCCACCAUGAAUGAGUACAUUGAACAGAGAAAACCGUGUGACACAAUGAAGGUGGGAGGUAAUUUGGACUCCAAGGGAUAUGGCAUUGCAACCCCUAAGGGGUCUCCCCUGAGAAAUCCAGUAAACCUGGCAGUGUUAAAACUGAACGAGCAGGGGCUUUUGGACAAAUUGAAAAACAAAUGGUGGUACGACAAGGGAGAAUGCGGCAGCGGGGGAGGUGAUUCCAAGGACAAGACAAGCGCUUUGAGUUUGAGUAAUGUGGCAGGAGUCUUCUACAUCUUGAUCGGAGGUCUAGGGUUGGCCAUGUUGGUUGCUCUUAUCGAAUUUUGCUACAAGUCCAGGAGCGAAUCAAAGAAGAUGAAGGGUUUCUGUUUGAUUCCGCAGCAAACGGUUACAGAAACUGUACGGAUGGCAACUUUACCCAGGCCUUCCACGGCAGGAGGAAGCGGUGAAAACGGUCGAGUGGUCAGCCAUGAUUUCCCCAAAUCCAUGCAGACGAUUCCAUGUAUGAGCCACAGUGCAGGGAUGGCCCUGGGAGCCACUGGAUUAUAAUACCAGCAGAAUUCACUUUGCUCAGUGAAGGAAUGACACUCUCCCUUUCCAGUGCCAAAAAAAAUUAAAAAGGACAGCAUCCUAAGGACUUUUUGCAGCCACUCAAAGAUCUGUUUUUCUUUUAUUGUCCUUUUGCCUCCAGCAACAAAACUAUGAGUCAGUAAUUGCAAUAAAGAGCUGAUUUCGGGAAGAAAAGGAGAUCCUACCCUGUGGGCUGGACAUUUGAAUGUUAACAAUAGACUCUGAUCCCACAUAUCUUCAGCUCACCAACUCUUAGUAUAAUCAAUUGUUAGGGAUAUUAUUUUCACCAGUUUAUUUGAGACACUUGGUUUUUGUCUAAUUUCUUUCCACUUUUUUCCUGCGUUAGCUGUAUAAAUUUGAAAACGCGGCACACACACAAAUAUGACGGCCUAGCUGAAUCAUUCUGAAAAGAGAACUUUCGUACCUUCAUACAAGGAUAUGUUCCUCUUUCCAAUUAGGAGAAAAAGAUUGACAAUAUAAAAUAGUAAAUCGGAUUAUGACAGGAAACAGUCGCCAUUCUACAGGGAAUACGCAAGUAAGCAAAAAAAAAAAAAGACAAAAAUACAAUUUUGACAGCUCAUUGCUCAUUACAAUCAUGACGAAAUAUUUUGUGAAGUAGACCUGAACCCACCAGGAACAGAAUAACAUUCCGUGUGGAACAAAAAGACAUUUGGAAGUAGCGUGAAAUGUCAAGAAAGUCCAAGACAAAGGUUUCCACGGGUUGGGAAGUUUGAUCAUAAGCCAUGAGGCCUGCUGUUUUGGUUUCUACACACAACAUAUGGAACUCAAAAUCACAUCAGUCGAAAUAAUUGUCAAAAGUGGUUGCUUUUAAAACAGCAAUAUGAAAGCUAUUUGACGCGGUGGCAGGUGUAUUUUAACAUGAGCAAACUCAGACUUUACGGUCGACUGCCGGAAUGACACCAACGUCAAAAGAAUACGAGGACUAAUGUAAGGGUUGUGCCUACACAAAACUUAAACAUCCUAUCAAGUUAGGCCGCCACUUUUUUGUUCCCCUUCCCAAUUUACGUUUUGGUUUUUAGCUCCAUUCUCGGAAGAACGUUAAUGUCUCUGAAAAAUUAACAGCUUAGAAGUUAAUGUUUUGGACUGUUUCCAAUUUUGUUUUCUUGCUUAUAUUAUCAGUUCCUGUUCAGAUGUGGAGCUUGUAACAAAGAAAGAUUAUUUUACUUUUGAUUCUCUGUUAAAAAGUUAUUUUGACGGUGUGGAGUGGAAGCAUAUUCUUUCUAAGAACUCCUAAAAAUAAAAAAAAGCCCUGGGGGAGAAUUGCAGCCAUCUGACUCAAGGAGACAAAAUUUGCUUCCUUGAGAGCUGAACUGUCCUGUGUGUCUCAAGAAAUGGGAGAGGGAUUGCGUCUGUUCAGUGACUUAAGAAUGAGACUUGGUGUGGGACAGGACACAACAAAUCAGCAUUGGAGAUGUCGAGUGUUCACUUGUAAUUUGUAUUUUUAAUACUCUUUCUUAAAAACAGCUGUGUGGAGAUACACUUGGUUUUUAAUCCCAAAAGUGGACUUCACGUUUAACCCCUUCAGGCGUUUCAUUCCAUUAUUCCUCUUUGAUACCUGGAUAUUUUCUUCACAAGGCUGUAUUUGUUUAAACUCUGAUGUCAAAAAGUGCUAAGCGAGAAUAUGUUUGAUCAUACAGAAGCAUCUUUUCAUUUUUUAGGUUGCGUUGGUGGGGAGACGGUAACUCUCUGCUGGAAAUAUUUGCUUCUUGACUACUUCUUUUGUUUUAUUUUUUCUUUGAACUGAUAUAAAAAGGACGUGAUCUCUUUCACUAA